UGAUUCUGAACUCGACCAGAACGUACUCGUAACAAAGCUCGGUCCAAUUGAGAGUUCUUGAGCCGGUUUGUGAUGAGUCUGCGGCGGGCUUUGAUUCCACACAGCCAGCCGGGAGCAGUGCAGCGGAAACGGGGGAGGCGGAUGUGGCGAGGCCCGGCCCCGAUAAAUAAGACAUGAUCCAGGCUGGCUGCACCGCGGCGAGAUGGAGAGGACCUGCCAUGACGACUCCCAUUGUAACCUGGCACCUUUUUUAAAGGUUUUCUAACAGGGAAAACGAUUCGAAUUUUUUUUUUUUAGUGGACCGACGAUCAUAUCACCGGGGGGACACCAAGCCGCGCCCGGCCGUCGGCGCGCUGAGACACGGCUUGGAAGCGGCUGACAGGUCGCUGGGCUGUGGGGCUCUCUGGAGCUCCGGCGGCCAUGAUUGAGCGACUCCUGCGGGGACUAUUUUGUCAUGCGGAUUGGCCUUUAAGUCUCCCCUGGCAAAGGAAACACGUGUGUACCCACCAUCUCCAGAUGCAAUGCAAGUGCAUGCUGACUGCGCGGGGAAAUUGUUGCAAACUGGGAAUGUCAGCGCCUGGCUUUGUUUCACAAGUGUGCAUCGUCCCCCCACAGCUUACCCUUCUGAAGUGGCGACUGAUAGUCUCCACUGACCCCUUCUCUCUACUCAUGUGCGAGGCCACCCUUCAUGGUCAAGACGGUCAGAAGCCUGCUAAGAGGAGGGCUUAGUGACGUCGCCUGACAAAGCUGCUGUGAUAAAGGACGUGGAAUGUUCUUAAGUGUAGACGCCAAAGAAACGUGUGUCAACCCAAUCCUGAACUGAAAAGAAGUGCCUUGGACAGAACUUCCCAUUCCACGAUCCCGUCUCUAUUUUCAUCUGUUUUAUCUAUUUUUAUAACUUUUCUUAUUCACUCGCCACCAUUCGGCCCUCCCUUGCAACAGCAGUCCUCCGCCCCCGCACCAAAUCAUCUGCUCCUUCUCCUCACUACCUCCAUCAUCACUGCCGCCAUCCUCACCCUCAUCAGCAGCGUCCCUCGUCUUCUCCUCGCUUCUCUCCCCCUGUACUCCCGCCUUCUGAUGCAGUGGUAGCCAUGGCAACAGCUGCCGCCGCCUCCUCUUCAUCAUCCCCCCCGCCAUCCUCCCCAGGAGCCAACAGUAGCGCCCGGGAACAUUUGAUGGCGGUGCGGCGUCGUAACCCGUACGGACGCCCGUACACGAUUGGCCCAGAUAAUCUCAGAGGCCUUUCAUCGCAUGGUUCCAUCGAAUCUCCUCCCCCCGUGUCACCGGCCAGACGGAAAUGGCAGCCAUGGGGCUACAGCGGGGCCAACAGUGACACAGACCUUGUGACAUCAGACAGCCGCUCCUCGCUAACAGCUUCGACGUACCAGCUUGCGCUGGGCCAUGGUCACCUCAUCAUCUCAUGGGACAUCAAGGAGGAAGUGGACGCCACCGACUGGAUCGGCUUGUACCACAUUGACGAGACAAGUGUAGCCAACGUGUGGGACUCCAAAAACCGCGGAGUGAACGGCACCCAGCGGGGCCAGAUCGUGUGGAGACUGGAGGCGGGGCCUUACUUUAUGGAGCCCGAGACCAAGAUCUGCUUCAAAUAUUAUCAUGGUGUGAGCGGAGCACUAAGAGCGACAACACCCUGCAUCACAGUCAAGAACCCUGGAGUGACGGUGGGAAGUGACGGUCAUGCUGAGGGCCAGUCGGGGUCAGAGCUCAGUCGCAAAUUGGUCAGCUUCACCUUAUCAGACAUCCGAGCAGUGGGCCUGAAAAAAGGCAUGUUUUUCAACCCUGACCCUUACCUGAAGAUGUCCGUUCUGCCUGGGAAAAGGGGUGGCCUCCCCAAGUUUACACACCAUGGCCAGGAGAGGAGAUCCUCCAUCAUUGCCAACACCACCAACCCUGUGUGGCAUGGAGAGAAAUACACCUUCGUGGCACUGAUGAGCGACGUAAUGGAGAUUGAGGUGAAAGAUAAGUUUGCCAAGAGCCGACCAAUUAUCAAGCGCUUUCUGGGCCAGCUGAUUGUGCCUGUGCAGAGACUUCUGGAAGGUCCCACAGCCGACCAACACCCAGUCAGCUACAGUCUGUGUCGCCUCCUUCCUACAGAUAACGUUAGCGGGCAGCUGCAGUUUCGGGUGGACGUCACCUCCAUUGGACAUGAAGCCUCUCCAGAGUUAACAGGAACCAUCUUGGGCAAUGCUGUAAAUGGUGACCCCGGUAGUCCCUCUGACGACGAAGACCUUCUGCACUCCUCAUCCAACCGCGCCGCCCAUGGAGCCUCGCCCACUGGCUCAGAGGAAGGCUCCCUGUUGGUCAACGGAACUUGUUACUACGGCAACAGCAGCGCUUGGCAGGAAGGCACAGUCCUGGCAGCCCAAACUAGCCACACCCAUCGGCAGGUGUCCCUCAACGACUACUUGGAUGCUGUUGAGGCCUCUGGGGGCCCCUUGGAGCGACCUCAGACAGGGCCCAGACUCCGCUCCAGCUUUCCUACAGACACGCGGUUGAACGCUAUGCUUCACAUCGACUCUGAUGAGGACGAGGAGAGCACGGGACAGCGAGGUGACCUAUCCCAGGAGACAAAGUCACAGCGGACUACAGAUGUUGCCUCUUCUGUAGCAUCAUGCGAGCUUCUACAAGGGAGCGAGGUCUCCGAAUCUAGACCCGUGUCGUCAGCAGAAGCAGGUUAUUCGGUCACUGAGUUAGUCAGUGCCGAAGGAGAACAAACUGAAGAGGAGCCACGGACCGGCAGCAAUGCAGAUGCAGCUGUUGGUGAAGAACCUGGAGCCAAUGGUUCUCCUCAGACAGAGCAGCUGGAGUCUUCGGGCGGUUUUGCAUACAGCGAGCACAGUCCAAGGAUGAGCCAAGACGUGGCUUGCAAUUUGCCGUUCAGCAGUGGCCCGCUUUCGCCCAUUCAGGAAGUGGAGACAAGGACAGAAGUGGCUCCUCGGGCAGAGGAGGAAGCCGCAGAAUUAUCAAGCAGCAACAGCCUGGCCAAUUCUGCUCUGACCGUUGCGAGUGACAAUGGGACAUCUGCUGCCACUGCAGGGGCUGUCGGUGAGGAUAUGCAAGGUGAGCCGGGACAGGAGGAGGAGGAGGAAGGUGGUGAGGUGUGGAAGAGACGCUCCCUGCGGGCCGCUGAAGGUGCCUGCAGGGCCCAAGAGGGUCUGAGCGGGACAAUGCCAGAGACACAGACUGGAGCCACAGCUCAGGUCAACGGCCACAUGUCUGUUCACUCACUGCCGUCUGUACGCCAUGAUAUCAGCCGUUACCAGAGAGUGGAUGAGCCCCUCCCGCCAAACUGGGAGGCCCGCAUCGACAGCCACGGUCGGAUCUUUUACGUGGAUCACGUCAACAGAACCACAACCUGGCAACGACCCACAGCCCCGGCCGGCCCGCAAACCCUCCAGAGGUCCAAUUCAAUCCAGCAGAUGGAACAACUGAACCGCAGGUAUCAGAGCAUCCGUAGGACGAUCACCAAUGACAGCAGAGCUGAAGAAGUGUCGGCCAAUGAGCAGCCAGCAGACGAGAGCGAUAGUCUUCCCUCUUUUCCAGAGCUGCGUCGAGAUGGUGGCGGCACCCAGUCAAGCUCUCGGUCGCGCCUUUACCUGCUUCUCCAGUCUCCCAGCGCCAGGUUCCUCACCAGCCCGGACUUCUUCACUGUGCUGCAUUCUAACCCUAGUGCCUACCGCAUGUUCACCGCCAACACAUGUUUGAAGCACAUGAUCAGUAAGGUCCGGCGGGACGCACACCACUUUGAGCGCUACCAGCACAACCGAGACCUGGUAGCCUUCCUCAACUUAUUUGCCAACAAACAGCUGGAGCUGCCUCGAGGCUGGGAAAUGAAGCAUGACCACGCUGGCAAGCCUUUCUUCGUGGACCACAACAGCCGAGCAACCACCUUCAUCGACCCUCGGCUGCCUCUGCAGAGUUCUCCACCCCCAAGCCUCUUGGCUCACCGGCAGCACCUCACCCGCCAACGCAGCCACAGCGCUGGUGAGGUGAGCCCGCGACGCCUGGUGAGCGAAGAGUCCCGUCACGCCGGGCCAACCGUCCCUCCGAGGCCCUCCAGCACCUUCACAUCUUCCAGUAGGGGGCAGGCUCCAGACGUCGUGCCAGUGGCAUACAAUGAAAAGAUUGUGGCGUUUCUGAGACAACCCAACAUAUUUGAGACGUUACAGGAGAGGCAGCCAGAUUUCCACCGAAACCAUUCACUUAGGGAGAAGGUCCAGCUGAUCCGCACAGAAGGAGCAUCGGGAUUGGCACGUUUGUCGGGAGACGCCGACGUGGUUAUAUUGCUCAGUUUGUUUGAGGACGAAGUCAUGUCCUACGUGCCUCCCCACGCCUUACUGCACCCCAGCUACUGCCAGUCCCCUCGCGCCUCUCCUGUGUCCUCGCCGCAAAACUCACCUGGUACUCAGAGAGCAAACGCCAGAGCUCCAGCGCCCUACAAGAGAGACUUUGAAGCCAAACUGCGCAAUUUCUACAGAAAGCUGGAGACCAAAGGCUACGGCCAAGGACCAGGAAAGUUAAAGUUGAUCAUUCGCCGCGACCACCUGUUGGAGGACGCCUUUAAUCAGAUCACGUGCUAUUCCCGCAAAGACCUGCAGCGCAGCAAGCUGUAUGUUAGCUUUGUGGGUGAAGAAGGAUUGGACUAUAGUGGACCUUCCAGGGAGUUCUUCUUCCUGGUCUCCAGAGAACUGUUCAAUCCUUACUAUGGUCUGUUUGAAUAUUCUGCCAACGACACGUACACGGUCCAAAUCAGUCCCAUGUCGUCCUUUGUGGACAAUCACCAUGAGUGGUUCCGGUUUAGCGGUCGCAUCUUGGGUUUGGCUCUGAUCCAUCAGUACCUUCUGGACGCCUUCUUUACCAGACCCUUCUACAAAGGCUUACUGCGCAUUCUGUGUGAGCUGAGCGACCUGGAGUAUCUGGAUGAGGAGUUUCAUCAGUCCCUUCAGUGGAUGAAGGAUAACGACAUCGAGGAGAUGCUGGACCUCACCUUCACCGUCAAUGAAGAAGUUUUUGGACAGAUAACAGAGCGAGAGCUGAAGGCCGGCGGCGCCAACAUCCCUGUGACGGAGAAGAACAAGAAGGAAUACAUCGAGCGGAUGGUAAAGUGGAGGAUUGAACGCGGCGUGGUGCAGCAGACCGAAAGUUUGGUCAGAGGCUUUUAUGAGGUUGUGGACGCACGCUCGGUGUCUGUGUUCGAUGCCAGGGAGCUGGAGCUGGUGAUGGCGGGGACGGCAGAGAUUGACUUGUCCGACUGGCGGAACAACACAGAAUAUAGAGGAGGUUACCAUGACAACCAUAUUGUCAUAAGAUGGUUCUGGGCAGCGGUUGAGAGAUUCAACAAUGAGCAAAGACUUCGCCUUUUGCAGUUUGUGACUGGGACAUCCAGUAUUCCCUACGAGGGCUUUGCGUCUCUGAGGGGAAGCAAUGGACCUCGGCGUUUCUGUGUGGAAAAGUGGGGGAAGGUGACGUCCCUGCCCAGAGCUCACACCUGUUUCAACCGUUUGGACCUGCCCCCCUACCCGUCCUUCUCGAUGCUGUACGAGAAGAUGCAGACGGCCGUGGAAGAAACCAGCACUUUUGGACUGGAGUGAGUGGCCCGCACGGAACCUGAAGGGACCUCCUGAAGUGUCCCAGAACAAUCAGACUUUGGAGGCAAGGAGCUUGCAUUUGUUGUCGGAUGUGUAGAACCAUGUGGCCUUGCAGACCACAAUCAGGGAGCGUGAUUAAGACACACCAGACUGGAUUCAGUCUCCAAAAAAGGACCUCAGAGGAGCUCGGUCGUCAUGACUGCACUUGGGGGGGCGAUUCUGUGAACUUAGUAUUUGGUUUCUAAAAAAACUGAAAAAAAAAACAUUUCAAAUGCACAAGAAGAAUCAAUUUUUUUGGGAAUGUAAUUAUUUUUUACCAUGUACAAUAUUUUUUAUCUGUUGUGAAUCAUGGAAUUGGCGCUUCGUUUGAUAAGCGAUGCGACAGUCCAGGCUUGUACGGGUUCUCAUCGUCAACUUUUCAAUCUUGCAAUGAUUAAUUGUCAUAAUUUGUGGCGAGCUAACAUUUGUUAUCAAAGCCAGCGGUUGGCAUAAAAACGGUAGGGGUGUAACGGGAGGCAUAUGUCACGGUUUGGUACAUAGCUCGGAUUUUAAGGUCACAGCUCAUGUUGGGUACAGUAAGGGAACAAAACGCCGAACAUGAACUGCUUAUUGUAGCUUUUGGGUAAAUUGGUUCGUCCACCAAUAAGAGGCGUAUUGAUCCUUUGGAAGUCUAAUGCUGAAUAGUCUUUGGCCCAAUCCCAAUACUCACCCACUCCCACAAGCACUCCAAAUACCUACUAAGUGGCCUAGUGCAGGGGUCACCAACGCCCCAGGUAGCCCGUAAGAACCAGAUGAGUCGCCCGCUGGCCUGUUCUAAAAAUAGCUCAAAUAGCAGCACUUACCAGUGAGCUGCCUCUAUUUUUUUAAAUUUUAUUAAUUUACUAGCAAGCUGGUCUCGCUUUGCUCGACAUUUUUAAUUCUAAGAGAGACAAAACUCAAAUAGAAUUUGAAAAUCCCAGAAAAUAUUUUAAAGACUUGGUCUUCACUUGUUUAAAUAAAUUCAUUUGUUUUUUUACUUUGCUUCUUAUAACUUUCAGAAAGACAAUUUUUGAGAAAAAGUACAACUUUAAAAAUGAUUUUAGGAUUUUUAAACACAUAUACCUUUUUACUUUUUAAAUUCUUUCCUCUUCUUUCCUGACAAUUUAAAUCAAUGUUCAAGUAAAUUUAUUUUUUUAUUGUAAAGAACAAUAAAUACAUUUUAAUUUAAUUAUUCGUUUUAGCUUCUGUUUUUUUUUACAAAGAAUAUUUGUGAAAUAUUUCUUCAAACUUCUUAUGAUUAAAAUUCUAAAUAAUUAUUCUGGCAAAUCUAAAAAAUGUGUAUAAUCAAAUUUAAAUCUUAUUUCAAAGUCUUUUGAAUUUCUUUUAACAUUUUUGUUCUGGAAAAUCUAGAAGAAAUAAUGAUUUGUCUUUGUUAGAAAUAUAGCUUGGUCCAAUUUGUUAUAUAUUCUAACAAAGUGCAGAUUGGAUUUUAACCUAUUUAAAACAUGUCAUCAAAAUUCUAAAAUUAAUCUUAAUCAGGAAAAAUUACUAAUGAUGUUCCAUUAAUAAUUUUUUUAAUUUUUUCAAAAAGAUUCGAAUUAGCUAGUUCUUCUUUUCAUAUUUUUCGGUUGAAUUUUGAAUUUUAAAGAGUCGUAAUUGAAGAUAAACAAUGUUUAAAAAUUUAAUUUUCAUUUUUUUCCUGUUUUCUCCUCUUUUAAACCGUUCAAUUAAGUGUUUUUUUCAUCAUUUAUUGUCUACAAAAAACCUUCCGUAAAAGGAAAAAAAAUGUACGACGGAAUGACAGACAGAAAUACCCAUUUUUAUAUAUAUAGAGAUUUAUUUAUUAAAGGUAAAUUGAGCAAAUUGGCUAUUUCUUGCAAUUUAUUAAAGUGUGUAUCAAACUGGUAGCCCUUCGCAUUAAUUAGCACCCAAUAAUUAGCUCUUGGUUUCAAAAAGGUUGGUGACCCCCUGGGUUAAAGUGUCCGCCCUAAGAUCGGUAGGUCGUGAGUUCAAACCCCGACUGAGUCAUACCAAAGACUAUAAAAAUGGGACCCAUUACCUCCCUGCUUGGCACUCUGCAUUAAAGGUUGGAAUUGGGGGUUAAAUCAUCAAAAAUUAUUCCCGGGCGCGGCACCGCUGCUGCCCACUGCUCCCCUCACCUCCCAGGGGGUGAUCAAGGGUGAUGGGUCAAAUGCAGAGAAUAACUUCGCCACACCUAGUGUGUGUGUGACAAUCAUUGGUACUUUAACUUUAAAUUAAUCAAAAAGGGGUAGAGCUUUGUAAUCUUUCUUAGGAAUUGGGAGACCACUUGCGACGUCACUGCAUAGUUUACGUUCGAGCACAUAAGUGAGUUGUACCGACACCAAUAUUUUGGUCCAAAAAUGUAUAUCUUAUUUCAAUACUUUUUGAUACUUUUCAAAAUAACGGUCAUUAUUGGCCUCACAUUAACAUGACUUUUAUGGUAAAACCUAUGAUCAAACAUAUGUUUUUUAAUGCACCCAAAAAACAAUAUUCAAAUUAAGAUUAAAAUGUGCAUUAAACGCAUGGGUUUAUUAACGGCAACAGUUAACAAUUAUUUUACAUAUUAGAUAAAAGCCUGCCAUGAUCUAGAAUUAGGUUGGAAUAGAAUACAAAACUUUAUUAACAUUGUAUUAAGUGCUUCAUGAUUUAUGGUUGCCAAUAUUGAGCUGUGCUUGAAGACAGUGGUUCUUAACCUUUUUUCAGUGACGUACCCCUUGUGAAAUUUUUUUUAACUCAAGUACCCCCUAAUCAGAGCAAAGCAUUUUUGGUUGAAAAAAAGAGAUAAGUAAAAUACAGCAUUAUGUCAUCAGUUUCUGAUUUAUUAAAUUUUAUAACAGUGCAAAAUAUUGCUUAUUUGUAGUGGUCUUUCUCAAACUAUUUGGUCAAAAAGAAAUAAAAAUGACUAAAAACCUGUUGAGGCCCUGCGAUGAGGUGGCGACUUGUCCACGGUGUACCCCGCCUUCCGCCCGAUUGUAGCUGAGAUAGGCGCCAGCGCCCCCCGCGACCCCGAAAGGGAAUAAGCGGUAGAAAAUGGAUGGAUGGAUGGAUAAAAACCUGUUGAAAAAUAAACAAGUGAUAUAGGUGGCAGAGGGGUUAGUGCGUCUGCCUCACAAUACGAAGUUCCUGCAGGCCUGGGUUCAAAUCCAGGCUUGGGAUCUUUCUGUGUGGAGUUUGCAUGUUCUCCCCGUGAUUGCGUGGGUUCCCUCCGGGUACUCCGGCUUCCUCCCACUUCCAAAGACAUGCACCUGGGGAUAGGUUGAUUGGCAACACUAAAUUGGCCCUAGUGUGUGAAUGUGAGUGUGAAUGUUGUCUGUCUGUGUUAGCCCUGCGAUGAGGUGGCGACUUGUCCAGGGUGUACUCUGCCUUCCGCCCGAUUGUAGCUGAGAUAGGCGCCAGCGCCCCCCGCGACCCCGAAAGUGAAUAAGCGGUAGAAAAUGGAUGGAUGGAUGGAUGGAUUUCUACACAACUUAAAGUGCCCUCUUUGGGGAUUGUAAUAGAGAUCCAUCUGGAUUCAUGAACUUAAUUCUAAACAUUUCUUCACAAAAAAAGAAAUCUUGUAACAUCAAUAUUUAUGGAACAUGUCCACAAAAAAUCUAGCUGUCAACACUGAAGAUAGUGUCGCAUUUCUUUUCACAGUUUAUGAACUUAUAUCCAUACUUUGUUGAAGUAUUAUCAAUAAAUAUAUAAAGGAUUUUUGAAUUGUUGCUAUUUUUAGAAUAUUUUAAAAAAAAAUCUCCCGUACCCCUUGGCAUACCUUCAAGUACCCCUGUUUGAGAACCACUGCUUUAAGACAUACAAUAAUUAGAAAACACUGAAAACCAGGCUAAAAGUAUAAAGACAAGACAAUUAUCAGGUAAAACACACAUUGUUAAAGACAAAACGUGGGAAUUUGUUAGAAAAUUCAGUCAAUCCACUUGCAUUAUUUUACUUUUUUGUAUCAAUAACUACAGGUUUUCUUUCUAAAGGCAGUUGUACCUUUCUCAAGUCAUGAGUACCACAGUAUUUGUGAGGCUCGCUGCACUUGUAGGACCUGCUCGUCCCACCAUGACACAACAAAUUAGGCAGCAAUGGAGUUGACUUUUUUUUGCUAAUUCAUCAUGAUGAACAAACGAAAAACAACAACUUGUGAACAUUUUGAAGGUAUGUAAUGUUAAUGUUUUCACAUUCGCAAGCUUUUAAGUUUUAAUAUUUAGGUAUUAGUAUUUUAGCCUAACGUUGGCUAGCUGGCUAACAUUACAAACAUUACAAACUAACAUGUAAUAUAUUAUAUAACAUUUGCAAGCUUUAAAGUUUUUGUAUUGAAAUAUUUAGUAUUUUAGACUAACGUUAGCUAACAUGGCUAGCUCGCUAACAUUACAAACUAUCGUUCCAAACUAACAUGUAAUAUAUUAUAUAACACAUUCGCAAACUUUAAAAGUUUUUGUAUUUUCAUUAGCAAAACUAAAUUGGCCCUAGUGUGUGAGUGUGAAUGUUGUCUGUCUAUCUGUGUUGGCCCUGCGAUGAGAUAGCGACUUGUCCAGGGUGUACCCCGCCUUCCGCCCAAUUGUAGCUGAGAUAGGCGCCAGCGACCCCACAAGGGAAUAAGCGGUGGAAAAUGGAUGGAUAUUUAAAUAUUUAGUAUUUUAGACUAACGCUAGCUAACAUGGCUAGCUGGCUAACAUUACACAUUCGCAAGCUUUAAAGGGCCACUGAAAUGAGAUUUUCUUAUUUAAACGGGGAUAGCAGGUCCAUUCUAUGUGUCAUGCUUGAUCAUUUCGUGAUAUUGCCAUAUUUUUGCUGAAAGAAUUUAGUAGAGAACAUCGACGAUAAAGUUUGCAACUUUUGGUGGCUAAUAAAGCCUUGCCUGUACCGGAAGUAGCAGACGAUGUGCGCGUGACGUCACGGGUUGUAGGGCUCCUCACAUCCUCACAUUGUUUACAAUCAUAGCCACCAGCAACAAGAGCGAUUUGGACCGAGAAAGUGACGAUUUCCCCAUUAAUUGGAGCGAGGAUGGAAGAUUCGUGGAUGAGGAAAGUUAGAGUGACACACUAGAGAGAAAAAAAAAAGGCGACGGCAGUGGGAGCGGUUCAGAUGUUAUUAGACACAUUUAGUAGGAUCAUUCUGGAAAAUCCCUUAACUGCUUUUUGUGCUACUAGUGUUUUAGUGAGAUUAUAAAGUAAUGCCUGAAAGUCGGAGGGCUGCGGUGACCGCCAGUGUCUAUGAGGGAAGCCAUAUGGAGGAGCCAAGAAAGUCACAGCUGCCUUUUUGACAGCUGCUGCAGGAAGACGCAAACUCCGCUCAUGUCUCCGGUAAGAGCCGACUUAAUAUCACAAUUUUCUCAUCCAAAAACUUGCCGGUUGACAUGUGGUAGAGAAACAUGUUCGCUUGACCGCUGUGUUCCAUAUUAAAGCUUCACAACAAAGAAACACCGGCUGUGUUUCGGUGCUAAAGGCAGCUGCAAUCCACUGCUUUCCACCAACAGCAUUCUUCUUUAUAGUCUCCAUUAAUAAUUGAACAAAUUGCAAAAGAUUCAGCAACACAGAUGUCCAAAAUACUGUGUAAUUAUGCGAUUAAAGCAGACGACUUUUGGCCGUAAGUGGUGCUGGGCUAAAAUGUCCGCUCCAACCAAUACAAGCACGCGUCAACAUAAGCGUCAUCAUUCCGCGACAUUUCAACAGGAUACCUCGCAGAAAAUUUAAAAUUGCAAUUUAGUAAACUAAAAAGGCCGUAUUGGCAUGUGUUGCAAUGUUAAUAUUUCAUCAUUGAUAUAUAAACUAUCAGACUGCGUGGUGGGUAGUAGUGGGUUUCAGUAGGCCUUUAAAGUUUUUGUAUUUAAAUAUUUAGUAUUUUAGACUUAACCUUAGCUAGCAUGGCUAGCUGGCUAACAUUACAAACUAACGUUCCAAACAAGCAUGUAAUAAAUUAUAUGUGCAUUUUCCUCAUGAGCAAGUCAGCGUCUGAAAUGGCUCACUCUGAAGGACUAGAUUCUAGGAGUGGGGGGAAAAAUCGAUUCGAAUUCGAAUCGCAAUUCUCACGUGAGAUUAAGAAUCAAUUUUUUUUUUUUUUAAGCUUUUUUUUUUUUAAUCGAUCCAACAAAACAAUACACAGCAAUACCAUAACAAUGCAAUCCAAUUCCAAAACCAAACCUGACCCAGCAACACUCAGAACUGCAAUAAACAGAGCAAUUGAGAGAAGACACAAACACGACACAGAACAAACCAAAAGUAGUGAAACAAAAAUGAAUAUUAUCAACAACAGUAUCAAUAUUAGUUAUAAAUUCAGCAUAGCAGUGAUUAAUCACCCCUCAUUGACUUAAUUAGACAUUUAUAAAAAUAAAAAAAGAACAAUAGUGUCACAGUGGCUUACAUUUGCAUCGCAUCUCAUAAGCUUGACAACACACUGUGUCCAAUAUUUUCACAAAGAUAAAAUAGGUCAUAUUUUUGGUUCCUUUAAUAGUUAAAACAAAUUAACAUUAUUGCAAUCAGUUGAUAAAACAUUGUCCUUUACAAUUAUAAAAGCUUUUCACAAAAAUCUACUAAUGUGCUUGCAUGUCAGCAGACUGGGGUAGAUCCUGCUGAAAUCCUAUGUAUUGAAUGAACACAGAAUCCUUUUGAAUCGAGGAAAAAUCGUUUUUGAAUCGAGAAUCGUGUUGAAUUGAAAAAAAAACAACGAUUUUGAAUCUAAUCGUGACCCCAAGAAUCGAUAUUGACUCGAAUCGUGGGACACCCAAAGAUUCACAGCCCUACUAGAUUCAUACCCUCAACUCCUCGUUAUGCCCACUACCCUUACUGUACAUGCAAAGAGUCAUUGGGACAUCAUUACCUUCACGGGAAAGCACAACUUUAAUGAUCGGCCUAAAAAGUAGGCUGAGGAGUGUAUUGGGACUGGGCCUUUAUAGCUUUAGAAAGUAACUGUUAGAAGAGUGUGAAUGAUUAUUUAGUUCGUAAAGUUUAUUUGUGAAGUUCUCGCUUGUAGUCCAUUUCCUCGUCUUGACUGAACAACUGCGGCACUCUUAACCACUUGUUUUGUUUACGUAUUUCACUGUUAAAGCAAAGUGUUCCCUAACAACGGAAGAUCAUUUUGAAGCUGGAACUUCUCCUUGGCACUUAUCCCUUGAAUUGACUUCCCGUCCCUCACUUUUAGUGAGUACUCGGUCCUCCUGAACCAAACAGGAGAAUAGGAAUAGAAUGCACCGUUGCACCCCUCUUACCAUCCUCCACUCGAAUAUAAAUACAAAUUUGACAUAAGUCAUGAUAAAGCUGAAAAAAAAAAAGCAUAUUUCUUUCAUUUGUGCAUCGUUUUAAGUGGAUCCAAUUUGAGGGUCCUUGUGUUGCUCUUAUCCCGACUACACAGCAAUGUUUUUUCACUUGGUGUUUUUUGCCUGCGAAUGACUGAUUGUACAGUUGUCACUUGGUUGUUGUUCCCUCAAUGAACACACUGCCUUUCCUCUGUCCGUACGAGCAGAGAGAACCAAAGUUUGGGGCAAGGCUGACCCUGUCUUUGUGUACACCGGACCUCACUUUUGCAUAAGAAUGUUGGCAGCACUGUACUGAAAUAAAGUUCCAUCUCUGUCUCUAUACAAAA